AGGUUCAUUAUACAGCCACGCAUGCGCCAUAAUUUAGCAUCGUUUUUCGUGAAAUCGUUCGAAAGAAUCUGUUCUUCAUAUUUUUGAGCUGUCAUACGUAAACAUAAUCAUAUAGGAAUGAAUUGUAAUUGAUCGUAGUCGUUUUUCCGAAUAGCACGAAACGUGACAAAUAAAAAAAAUGGUGUUAAAUGAUUGUCCGGAAUCGGAAAUAAUUGGUUGUGGAUUUAGUGCUUUUAAAGAAAUCGACGAAGUGACUUUUUUAAUUACUGAACUAAAAAAGGUGGAUCUUUCUCCGAGCCUUAUUGAAAAGAAUCGAGACCGAUUUAAUUUUAUCUUAUCACAAUAUCAGGAUCAAAGGCAACUCCUAGAUCCUUAUUUGGAUGAUAUUUUACAGCCACUGAUUGAUAUUAUCAGAAAUGAAAAUUCUACAGAAAUUAUGCGGCAUAAUGCUUUUAAAUAUAUUUUCAUUGUUAUGUCCGUUAAAACAUACAAGAAGAUUGUUACAUACCUUCCACAUGAGGUAGCAGAUCUUUUCCCUGUUUUACGAAUGUUAGAAAAACAAGAUCCAAAUGAUGUGGAGACAUGGGAAACUCGUUAUGUACUUUUAAUUUGGCUUUCUAUAAUUUCAAAGAUACCAUUUCCACUCUCACGUUUAGAAGUUUCUGAUACUAAUUCCGAGCAAACAAUAAUAGUUAGAAUAUUGAAAAUAUGCAAAUUAUUUUGCGUAUCAAAGGAUGCUUGUGCAGUAGCUGCAGUUUUUCUAAUUGCCAAUUUUUUAUCAAGGUCAGAUGUAAAAAAGUUAUAUUUGAAAGAAAUGAUAACAUGGAGUUUACAAUGUGUAGAAACUGAUCCUUUGAGACAUGGUCCAUUAGCAGUUAUAGCAGCUAUACUAAAACACAGUGCAAGAGAAGAUGUUAAACCAUAUAUUCAAAUGAUUUUAGAUAAAGUUUUACAAUUUCAUCUGAAUGAUAAUCCUGCAGAUCUUAUUCGGAAGUUUGGAAUUAAAAUUGUACAAAGAAUUGGAUUGGUGUUACUAGGAACAAAAUUGGCUCCAUGGAGAUAUCAAAGAACUAGUAGACCUAUAUGUCUAGAUCCUAAUAUUAAUAUUAACUCUAACAUUAUGGAAAGUAUGGAGGAUAUUAAAAAUGUUUCAUCGAAUCAUGACGACCGGGACAUUCCAUUAGCAAUAGAAGACAUAAUUGAACAGCUUAUACAAGGUCUUAGGGAUAAAGCAAUUACAAUACGGUGGUCUGCUGCAAAAGGAAUUGGUAGAAUAACAGCAAGAUUGCCAAUGGAUUUAGCAGAUGAGGUUGUAGGAUUUGUGCUAAAUCUUUUUUGUGGUCGUGAAUCGGAUGCUGCUUGGCAUGGUGGUUGUCUGGCAUUAGCAGAAUUAGGAAGACGUGGUCUUCUUCUUCCUCAUCGUCUAAACGAUGUGAUACCAGUUGUUCUUCAAGCCUUAGUAUUUGAUGAACCAAGAGCUUAUGGUUCAAUUGGAUAUUUAAUCAGAGAUGCUGCAUGUUAUAUUUGCUGGUCAUUUCCAAGAGCAUACGAUUCUGAUAUAAUUCAACCAUAUGUAAAAGAAAUUGCAGCUAUGUUAGUAGUUGUUACUUGUUUUGAUCGAGAAAUUAAUUGUAGAAGAGCUGCUUCUGCAGCAUUCCAAGAAAAUGUAGGAAGACAAGGAAAUUUUCCACAUGGGAUAGAGAUACUCACAAUUGCUGAUUAUUUUGAAGUUGGAGUUAGAAAUCAUGCAUACUUAAAAAUUAGUGCACAAAUUGCACAAUAUGAAGAGUAUACGAAAUCUUUGAUUGAUCAUUUGGUUACAAAAAAAGUUACACAUUGGGAUACAGCAAUUAGAGAACUUGCAGCCAAAGCCCUCUUCAAUCUAACAUCUAUUGAUCCUAAUUAUAUUAAGCAUACAGUUUUAUUAAAUUUAUUAGAUAUGCUAAAUUAUAUUGAUUUAAAUAUUAGACACGGUACAGUAUUAGCUAUUGCAGAAAUCUUGGAAGCAUUGUAUAAUUGCUGUAAUGAAAAAAUUGAAGAUAUAAUUGGACCAUUAGCUGUGAAAAAUAUCAGGAACAUAGUUAACAUUUUUAGGAAAAGAGGACAAUACAAAGGUCUAGGAGGAGAAUUAAUGAAACAAGCAUGUGCUGUGCUCAUCAAAAAGUGCUCUAUUGUUCAUUUUCCAAUUUCCAUUGAAAUUAUUUGUGACUGGCAAAAUCUUCUAGAGGAAUGUUUGGGUCAUGAAGUAUCUGUAGUAAAGAUGAAAGCUGCUGAAGCACAUACAGAAUUUUUCCGAAAGUACUAUGCAAACAUGGAUAAUCAAGAUCGCAAUAUUGUUAUUAAUCGUUACCUCGAUAAUUUACAAUCAAGCAAUCAACUUGUUCGAAUAGGCUUUGCGCAGGCUAUAGGCUAUUUCCCUUUAUUUAUAAUUUGUGAAAGAGUAAAAGAUAUAAUAGAAGCUCUCAUUAAAUGUACUGAAAUAUCAGAAAGUUCUUUAAAAUGGGCAGAAAGUAGGAAAGAAGCUAUUCAUGCAUUAAUAAUGGUUUGUCAAACUCUGGGAGUAAAAGAAGCAGAUAAGUGGCGUAUAUAUAUUCACAACUUAUAUGAUUGUUAUUUAUUGGCAUUGAAAGAAUAUACUAUAGAUAGUCGUGGAGAUAUAGGAGCUUGGGUACGAGAAGCAGCAAUGACUGGUUUACAUAUGCUAACAAACUUAGUAUCACAAGCAAAAUUAUUUUCUGUAUUAAAUGAAGACUUAAUGGCAAAUAUAAUUGGAGGAAUUGCACAACAAGCUGUUGAAAGAAUUGAUGGAAUUCGAGCGCAAGCGGGAAUUGUUUUCAGUGCUCUUAUUCAUAAUGAUCCUCCUUUACCAAACAUUCCAUAUCAUGCAGAAUUAAAAACUAUUUUUCCUUAUGAUGAAUGUAAAGAAAAUAUAGAAUGGCGAAUGGAAUCUGCUACUUUUCCACGAUUUAUUAAAAUGUUAUCUUAUCCUCCUUAUACAAUGAAUCUUCUGCGUGGAAUUAUAUUUAGUGUUGGUGGUUUAAGUGAAUCUUUGGUUAAAUAUUCUAGUGUUUCUCUAUUUUCUUAUUUACAAGAAUUAGAUGAAUUGGGUCUCAAAAGUUUAUGCUAUAAAAUUUUAAAUAUUUUUGAGGAAAGCCACAAAAAUGAAAGAAUGAUCACAUCAAUGCUAGCUUUCUUAGAUCGCUUACUUAGUUCCGGUUGUAUCCAAGUCGUUCUUGAUGAUUUUGAAAAUGGAAUUGCAGAACAAAUUCUAAUACUGCUUAAACAAGAAAUAAAAAAUACGAACAAUACUAAGUUGUUAAUUAGCAGUAUAAAUGUAUUUUGUCAGCUCUUACAGAUACACGGACCAGUUGCAAAAAGAGCAUUUUGUCAGUUAAGUAUUUUUCUUUGUCAUAAAUAUAAAUGUAUACGGAAGGUAGCUGCAUUAAGAACAUAUGAAGCUUUAACUCUUUAUGGGGAAGAAAUGGAUCUUCCAGAACAAGAUUUAAUGAAAAUUUUGACUGAAUUAAAUGUCACUGACUGGGAACAAUCAGUAUCUGAACUUCGACCCAUAAGAAAUCAUCUUUGUGAUUUAAUGAAAGUACCUGCUCCUAUUUUGCAAAAUAAGGCCAUGAACUGAGCUUGCUUUUAAAUUUUGUCAACGUCUCAGUUAAAUUGGUACAUAGAAUACUGAGUUAAAAUACUUAUUUCUUUAUAACAUUAUUUUGUCAUACAGGCUAUUUGCCCAAAAAAUAGAAUAUAUGCCUAGAUAUCAAAUUCGUUUCUAAUAAUACAGGAUAUGAACUUCAUAUUAUAUUAUAAACUAACUUUAUAUUAUAUAUAUGAACAAUAUAUUAUAAUAUGAACUUUGA